GCUCCCGCCCGGAAGCCGGACGCCCGCCGCAGUCUGGCGGGUGUCCACGCCGCCAUGCCCUCUCUAGGAGACCUGGUGCGCGACUGGCAGCGGGGCGUGCAGGCUGUGGCGCGCGGGGACUGGGCCUGCGCCCUCCGCCUCUUCUCGGGCGACCCCGAGCCGCCCGCCAGGACGUGCUUCAACGUGGGCUGCGUGCACCUGCUGGCCGGGGACCCGGAGGCCGCGCUGCGGGUGGCUGUCCUGGGGUCCAAUGGAAUUCCUUGGCCCCCUGCCACUGGUCAUCUGCCUGGACUGUGUGACACAGGGGUGAUAGAAUUGCAGACCUUGGCGAUCCGUGGGCAUUUCUGUCCCCAGGCAUUUGACCAAGCAGUGACCAAGGACACCUGCAUGGCUGUUGGCUUCUUCCAGCGAGGAGUGGCCAACUUCCAGCUGGAGAGGUUCCAGGAGGCCCUGUCCGACUUCCGGCUGGCCCUGGCACAGCUAAGGGAUAACGCCACCAUUGACUACACGCAGCUGGGCCUGCGGUUCAAGCUGAAGGCCUGGGAGGGCCGAGCUGGGCAAGCACUCGCUGCCCCUGCAGCAGCCGAGGGGUCAGCGGGCAGCGUCGGCUCCCAGGAGCACGGGGCAACUUCGCUUCUGCCCUCAGCACGUCCCGCUGGCGACAGCCUUCACCCGACCCAACCUGUCCGUCCAACGUCUUUUCACGCGGGGGUGCUCUUCAACGUGGGGGCGGCACAGUGCCGGCUGGGACUCUGGGCUGAGGCCACCCACAGCCUAGAGGAGGCCCUCUCGAAGGGGCCGGAAGGGGCUGACGACCUGCACGCCGCCCUGGACCAACUGCAGAAACAGGCCCCCCUGCAGCCUCGGCAGGUCCCCAGGGGUGAGGUCUUCCGGCCCCACAGGCGGCACCUGGAGCAUCUGGAACCAGUGGAUUUCCUAGGCAAGGCCAAGGUGGUAGCCUCUGCCAUCCCCGAAGACCAGCACGAGGGCACCCAGCCUCAGCAGCCCCAGGUUCGGGAUGCCGAUGGUGAAGGCAGACCUGGAGCCGCCCCACGGGCUGGAGACUCAGGCCCCUGCAGAACUGCCACCCCCUGUGGUCCCAGGAUGCCCCUUGAGGCAGAAACAGAGGUUGGCUCUGGACAGGUGGUGCAGGUCAUCUACGAUGAGCAGAGGCCCCGUGUGGAGCAAGUUGGCAAACAGGUUCCUCCAGGGCCGCUGGUGGCAGAGCCGCUGGACCCCAGCCCUUUGGAGGAUCCCUCGGGUGCUGGGGGAGUGGCCGUGGAGGACCCCGCGUCCUCGGUGACCAUCACAGUGCAGUGUGCCUUCACCCUGGCCCUGAAGGUCCCUAGAGGAGCUGACCUGUCCAGCCUGCGGAGCCUGCUGAGCCAAGCCCUGCCUCGCCAGGCCCAGCGUGGGCAGCUCAGUUACCGAGACCCCAGCAACAAGGGGCGCUGGGUCCCCCUCUCUGGGGAGGAGGCACUGCAGAGGGCCUGGCGGGACGUGGCGGCCAGCCCGGGGGUCCUGCAGCUCCAGUGCCAGGGAGCAGGUGGCCGACCUGCCCUCUGCCAGGUGGUGGCCCAGCACAGCUACUCUGCCCGGGGGCCCGAGGACCUGGCCUUGCAGCGGGGGGAUGUCGUGGACGUCCUGUGUGAAGUGGACCAGGCAUGGCUGGAGGGUCACUGUGAUGGCCGCAUCGGCAUUUUCCCCAAGUGCUUUGUGGUCCCAGCUGGACAGUAUGUGUGAGGAGCCCGACACCCCCACCCAGAGCCCCGCCCAGCCCAAACCCAGUGAAGAAAUCAGCCCUAAGACGUCCCGUGGCAAGGAGGAUGUUAAUAAAGAAGUCUUUCCCCUGCAAA